AUGGCUGGCUCAUUGAAGGUUAGGACCCCUGCAAAGUCUGGAGCCAGAACUUUUCGGCGGUCAGGUGCGGCAGAAUUCGGUCAAGCUCCUGGUCCCCUCGCAACUCAGACCCACCACAACGUUGAGACGCUGUUACCCGCUUUCGGGGGCAUUCAUUUGUUUCCACGAUUCAACGACACUCGAUUCUUUUGCGAAGUUUCGGUACAAUUUGAGACGCUCUCAGAAGCAGCGUCGCCCGUACCUGUCUCUCGUUUGUUCAACUCUCAGUCUAUCAAAUAUGGCCGACGCAACACCCACGCGCUGGACGAGACCCUCAAGCGCCUCUCGAAUAAACCCGGCGUCAAAGCCACCGUCAUCCUCGACCGAGUCACCGGCGCGAUACUACGAACGAGCGGUCAGCUGUCGUCCUUCAACGCAGCAACGCUACAGACAUCCGGAGGAGGCUCCUUCUCGGGCGAGGGCGCCGCGGCGCAGCAGCAGCAGAACGGCGAGGAGCAACCGCAAGGCUUGGAGGACUUUGCCGCAAAGGUUUGGAACUGGGUGAAUGCGUCGGGCACCCUGGUGUUGGACCUGGACACCGAGGAUGAGCUGAAGCUACUGAGGCUACGAACGAAAAAACAGGAGCUGGUUAUUUACAUGACACACCGCCGGCUUGAAGAAUCUAGAGGUCUGACUCACGAUGUUGGCAUCGAUCGGCGUUUCACGGACUUAUCGCUAUUGGCUUCACCGAGCGGACAUCCUUUAGGAGGAUUUGCGUUCGCCAAGCUGGAAGGGCAAAGGGUCAGGAUUGACAUGCUCAUUGGUCGACUCCAAGACCAUCGUAUUUACAAAUACGCAGGAAAGGGAAACUGGAAAACCCUCCUUCAAGCUGCCAAGCUGCAAGCUCUACGCACAUACACAUACAUGGAGAACAAACAAGGGGGGAAAGAGAGAUAG